CGCGGUCCCGGGGCGCGGCAGCCAAUGGAUGACGCCGGCCGCGGACGCGGGGGCGGGGGCGGCGGCCAGAGGCCGGGGGCUGCACCGCCUCCCGCCGCCGCCGCCGCCGCCGCUGGUCCGCAGAGCCGGAGCCGACAUUAUGCACCAGGAGGAGUGACCACUUACCCCCGUUUCCACAAUGGCGGACUCGGGCAAGACCUUCAGCUCCGAGGAGGAGGAAGCCAACUAUUGGAAAGACCUGGCUAUGACCUACAAGCAGAGGGCAGAGAACACGCAAGAGGAGCUCCGGGAAUUCCAGGAGGAAAGCCGGGAAUACGAGGCAGAACUGGAGACCCAGCUGCAGCAAACUGAGAGCAAAAACAGGGACCUGCUGAUGGAAAACAACCACCUUCGCAUGGAGCUGGAGACCAUCAAGGAGAAGUUUAAAACACAGCAUUCUGAAGGCUACCGGCAGAUCUCAGCCUUGGAGGAUGACCUUGCCCAGACAAAAGCCAUUAAAGAUAAACUGCAGAAGUACAUCAGAGAGUUGGAGCAAGCCAACGAUGACCUGGAAAGAGCCAAACGGGCCACGAUCAUGUCGCUGGAGGACUUUGAACAGCGUUUGAAUCAAGCCAUCGAAAGAAAUGCCUUCCUGGAGAGCGAACUGGACGAGAAGGAGAAUCUCCUGGAAUCUGUUCAGCGACUAAAGGAUGAAGCCAGAGAUUUGCGGCAGGAAUUGGCCGUGCAGCAAAAGCAGGAGAAACCCAGGACGCCCAUGCCCAGCUCGGUGGACGCCGAAAGGAUAGACACAGCGGUGCAGGCCACUGGCUCCGUGCCGUCCACCCCCGUAGCUCAUCGAGGACCCAGCUCUAGUUUAAACACUCCUGGGGCCUUAAGACGUGGUCUGGACGACUCAGCUGGGGGGACCCCCCUCACGCCUGCAGCCCGGAUAUCAGCCCUCAACAUCGUGGGAGACCUGCUGCGGAAAGUGGGGGCCCUGGAGUCCAAACUUGCUUCCUGCCGGAACUUCGUGUACGAUCAGUCCCCAAGCCGAGCCAGUGGCCCAGCCUCAGGGCGGGGGAGCAAAAACAGAGACAGCGUGGACCGGCGGCCGGGCGGCAGCAGCGUGCCUCUAGGUGACAAAGGGAGAGAACAGUGAGACCCAGUGAGACCCUGCUCCCGACCCUGAUAUUCACCCUUGUAACUUGGUGGGCCCCCGCGCUAGCCAGCCUAGAACAGCUGUAAUGUCCGCUUAACUUGGUUUGCUCUGUCUGAAGGUUGGGAAAACGCCUGGAGUUUGGGAAGCCGCCAUCGAGUGUUUCCUCAGCGUCGCUGCCGUCAGCCCAGGGUGUAGUCAAGAUGUUGCUUUAGGAAAGCCACGGAAGCCGAGGCGAGCCCUUCCCCUCCUUCCCUCUUUAAACUAGGUUUUGGGUGUUUUUUUUUUUUUUUUUUUAAGUUAGUUUGAGAAAUACGAGCAAGCAGUCACACAUAGCCAAGGGACCAGGGCCAUCGCCGGGGGCCCUGGGUUGGUGGCCGCAGGAAAUGCAGUCCCUUAACCCCCGGCCUCCGUGCUGGCAUGUACAGCCAGGGGCCGGGACCAACCUGACCUUCUGGAAAGGGCGACGUGGGUGCCAAGGCUGCCCCAUCCUUGUCAGCUGAGCUGAGUCCCAGCUGGUCUUGAGAGGUGUUUUUAGUGAUCGGAGACACCUAUGAAGUGGAGUGUGAGCCCAUCCUAGGCGCACCCUGCCCCCCACAGCUGGUGCUUCUUCCAGAACAAACUCUCCAGCGCGCUAUGGCACAGCAGGGGUCAGCGCCCUGAAAUCAUGCCCGGGGUGGAGAAUAGAACAGGCACGUACCUUUUAUUCAAACUGUGGUGUGGUGUACCUCCGAGACUUUUUUUAAAGUGGAGUAUAAUUGCUUUACAAUGUUUAGUUUUUGCCGUCCGGCAAAGUGAAUCAGCUACGUGUAUACAUAUAUCCCCUUCCUCUUGAGCCGCCCAUCCCACCCCUCUAGGUCAUCACAGAGCACCGAGCCAAGCUCCCUGGGCUAUAUAGCAGCUUCCCACUAGCUCUAUUUUAUACACGCAUACCUCCAAGACUUUUAAUCUGCCUGACACUGAGGCUUUUAGACGCAUGCUUGAGUUUCAGUGUAAAUUUUGUGGGGACCAGGUCAGUGGAAAAUCUGUGUCGCCUUUAGACCUAUCCUUGUCCCGAGCCUCCCACCCUGGUCUGGGAGUGACCUCUGCUUCUGAGGGUUUCUGGGGUGUGAUGGCCUUAGCCAUGCAGCCCCUGAGAACAGGACUUCAUGUAAAGCCUUGAUGAAAUAAUCAAGGGGACCUUCAGAUAAGACGAAGCCACCAGGGUUGCAUUGGGAGCGUCCUCAUUAAAGAAGAAACGAACCCAGGAUUUCCAUGCAGACGGCAUGUGGCUCCUCCCUGCUGGUUUUGAACAGCCGCCUCACACUCUGGACACAAGUAAAAAGAACACGUGAAUUCAGGCAUAUGCAUGCAGCCUAACAGCCUUCCGUUACUAAGUUAUUUUUCCAAAAGAACAGCAAAAAUACCCAGUUGAAAACAGAACUUUUCAAGUGCUACUGAAAUUCAGCAGAGAAUUAAACUCGCAUGCUCACCUCAUUACCAUGGCAACAUUCUAACCUGUAUCGGUAAAAGAUGUACUUUUAUUUUUUUAAAAGAACAAUAAAAUCAAGAGAAACUGGUUUUCAGCUA